UCUUUCCUUCCGGUUGGAGGCCGCCAUUUUGUUCUUCAGGUUGAUUUUAAGGCGCCGCCGAGAUGCCCGAGGAGCCGGACCGGGACGUGUAUCGGGAACCGCCGCGCCGCACGCCGGCUCCCAACCGUCAGUCGGCCGUCCCCAACCCCAUCGACUUCGUCGAGAAGAUAUUUGUGUACACGGUCGACGGGCCGGUCACGGCCUGGAGGAACUUUGUUGAACGGCAGCAUGCAAAGUACAAGUUCUACUAUUAUCACCAGAACUUCCGACGCGUCCCAGACCUUACAGAGUGCCUAGAGGAUGACCUCGUUUGCAUCUUUGAAGCUCAGCAACAGUGGCAGAGAGACUAUAAAGUUGAUCAAGAAAUAGUGAAAAUUGUCCAGGACAGGUUAACGGCUUGUACUCAGCGGGAAGGAGAAAGCCACUUCCAGAACUGUGCAGGGGAAAUGCAGCAGUUCAAAGAUGUAGCCAAGGCCUACCAGACCAAAUAUGGGGAUCUGGGUGCCUAUGGAUCCGCUCGGAGUUGCUUGAUGAAACAAAAACAUCGCAUGAUUGCAGAAAGAAAGGCCCAGGCGGCUGCUAACCACCACCACUAAGGGGCCUGUACCUGGGCCUGAAAAUUGAUUUUCAAAUCUCUCAACAUGCUUGUUCAGUAUGAAGUGAUAAUAUUGUACUGAACUGUUAGAGCACUUGUGUUCUUUCAACCCUAGUGAAGAAUCUGCAAAGCAGCCAUAAGCAUGAUCGUUUCUGGAAUGGAAAUAAAUUCACUAAUGUACAAGGA